ACAUCUUUCCAACUUAAUUAGCUAAGGAACACAACACACACUUGGCCUUUAGGAUCACAGUGAACCAUUUGCUUCUUUACAUAUGAUUGGAAUCAUACUUAUGGUAUCACCUCACCCUUGAUUGCAGGAAACAUACCACAUGAACUUGGGAAGCUUCAGAAUCUACAUCACUUGUCAGUCAUGUCUAAUAAACUCGAUGGCUUAAUCCCACCAACUAUCUUCAACAUCUCCACAAUAACAAACAUUUUUCUUACUGAUAAUAAGUUCUCCGGUGGUCUACCAGAAGACAUAGGCCUACGGGUUCCAAAUCUAGAAGGGUUUUUUGCAUCAAGCAACUAUCUUAGAGGAGUGAUCCCAAAGUCCAUCUCCAACGCUUCAAAACUUACUCAGCUAGAGAUGGCAGAUAACCACUUAUCUGGCUUUGUUCCCAAUACCCUAAGUUCUUUGACAAAUCUCCAGUUUAUAAACUUGGAGAGAAACUACUUGACCAUUGAAAGUUCAGGGAUGAAUAUUCUGUCAUCUAGUUUUAGAGAUUUGAGAGGAUUAUAUCUCAUAGAUAAUUCUAUAGAUGCCCCGCUUCCCAGUUUCAUGGGGAAUCUAUCUGCAUCUCUCGAAUAUCUAUCUUUAAGCCACAAUAAGUUGAAGGGAAUUAUUCCUAAUGAUAUUUCUAACUUAAGGAACUUGGCAGCUCUAAGCUUAGGUAAUAAUUACUUAAGUGGGUCAAUUCCAAAUACAAUUGGAAGAUUACAAAGACUUCAGAUGUUGGGUCUCAAUGAUAACAAGUUGCAGCAGUCCAUACCACUUGAGAUUUGUCAGUUAACAAGGAUGACAGACUUGUACCUGAGAAAUAAUUCGCUCCAAGGAUCAAUUCCCAUGUGCUUGGGUAAUCUUGCAAUGUCCCUAAGAAGUCUACUAUUGGACUCUAAUGAGUUAAAUUCAACAAUACCUUCCAGCUUUUGGGACCUGGUAUAUCUCUUGGAAAUAGACUUGUCAUCUAAUUCUCUCAUUGGAUCUAUACCCGUUGAUAUCGAAAAGUUGAAGGCAGUCAGAGAUAUAGACAUGUCAAACAAUCAAUUUUCAGGUCACAUCCCAAGAAGCAUUGGAGGUCUCCAAGAUAUGGUUACUUUAUCAUUGGAAAAUAAUAAUUUAGAAGGGUUGAUUCCAGAUUCACUAGGCAACUUAAUGAGCAUGGAAAUGUUGGAUUUAUCCAAAAACUAUCUAUCUGGUCAGAUCUCCAAGUCUUUGGAGAGACUCGAGUACCUCAAAUAUCUCAAUGUAUCUUUCAACAAGCUGCAUGGGGAGAUUCCAAGUGGAGGGCCUUUCUUCAACCUCUCUUACCAAUCUUUCAUGUCAAACGAUGCUCUUUGCGGUGCCCUGAGAUUGCAAGUUCCGCCAUGCCAAAACACUUCAAGAAAAUCUCAUCCACUAUUACUCAGGUAUAUUUUGCCCAGUAUCUUAGUAACAAUUUUCAUAGCGGCUUUAUUUAUACUAUUGAUAUUAUGGAGGAAAAGCAAGUCAAGUCCUGAACCAAAUACUACGUUAUCACCUCAAGCAACAAGAAGAAGAGUUUCAUACUAUGAACUUUUAAGGGCAACAAGUGGAUUCAUCGAAAGCAAUAUGAUAGGAACUGGGAGUUUCGGUUCAGUGUAUAGAGGAACACUUUUAGAUGGAACAGAUGUGGGAGUAAAAGUUUUUAAUUUGGAACUAGAAAAUGGACUUAAGAGUUUUGAUGCUGAAUGUGAAGUGUUGCGCAACAUUCGUCAUCGGAAUCUUAUAAAGAUUAUAACUAGUUGUAGUCAACCUGAUUUCAAAGCCUUAGUACUAGACUAUAUGCCUCAAGGAAGUCUUGAGAAGUGGUUAUACUCAAAUGAGCUCCACUUGAAUUUCCUACAAAGAUUGAACAUAAUGAUAGAUGUUGCAUCAGCACUUGAAUAUCUUCACCACGGUUAUUCAACACCAAUUGUUCAUUGUGAUUUGAAGCCUAGCAAUGUUUUACUAGACCAAGAUAUGGUUGCUUAUGUAGCUGACUUCGGCAUUGCGAAGCUCAUAAAUGGAGAAGAUUCUAUGAUGCAAACCAUGACACUGGCCACAUUUGGAUAUAUGGCUCCAGAGUAUGGACUGGAUGGUAUGGUUUCGAGACGAGGGGAUGUUUAUAGUUAUGGUAUUACACUCAUGGAGACCUUCACAGGAAAAAAGCCAACUGAUGAAAUGUUUAGUGGAGAAAUGAGUUUAAAACAAUGGAUUGAGAAUUCAUUUCAAUGUGCAAUAAAUGAAGUCAUAGAUUCAAAUUUACUGAGGGCAGAAGAGGAACACCAUGUGCUUAAAAAGGAAUGUCUAUCCUCCAUAAUGGAAUUGGCUCUAACUUGUUCUGCUACAGCACCAGAAGACAGGACAGAUAUGAAAAAAGUUGCAGCCACACUGAACAAAGUCAAAAUGAAGUUUUUGCAGGGUGUUAGAGUGAGAUAAUGUGAAAUUUCAUUUGUUUCUUAUUUUGUCUUUCAAUCGCA